UCCACAGUCACUGCAUCGACACACAGACAGGGGGAGAAGAUCUGAGGAACAGCACAGCAUCUUCCAUUUUUACAUUCAUUUAUUCUUCUUUCUCAUCUCAUCUGCCCUGGUGGUAAAAAAUGGACUACCAGCAAUACAACAGUGCUCAGGAGACAAACAUACGAGAUAAACAGCAACAGCAAGAAGACCUGGCAUACCAAGAUUCUCUUAUUGAGGAUUUGGCUGAAGAUUUUUGCUUGCCGAUCAAUCACAAGCCAACAGAGAAUGUCGAUCUGGAGAAUGUGGAACAAGCAACCUUAGAUACAAGGUUGAAUUCUUCUAACAUUGGGUUUAGGCUUCUUCAGAAAAUGGGUUGGAAAGGAAAGGGUCUUGGGAAGGAUGAACAAGGAAUAACCGAGCCAAUAAGAUCUGGGAUUAGAGACCCAAAAUUAGGGAUUGGAAAACAAGAAGAAGAUGAUUUCUUCACUGCCGAAGAAAAUAUCCAGCGUAGGAAACUUGAUAUUGAAGUUGAGGAGACUGAGGAACAUGCAAAGAAGAGAGAGGUGUUAGCAGAACGUGAGCAGAAAAUUCAAACAGAGGUGAAAGAAAUACGUAAGGUGUUCUAUUGUGAGCUUUGCAACAAGCAAUACAAAUUGGCUAUGGAAUUUGAGGUCCAUCUGAGCUCAUAUGAUCACAACCACAGAAAGCGCUUUAAAGAGAUGAGAGAAAUGCAUGGUAGUAGCAGUCGUGACGAUCGACAAAAGCGAGAGCAGCAACGUCAAGAAAAAGAGAUGGCUAAGUUUGCUCAAAUGGCUGGUGCUCGUAAACAGCAGCAGCAGCAGCAGCAGCAGGAACUACGUCAAGAAUCUGGGCCCGCCGCUGCUUCUGCUCCUGUAACUGCUACUGCACUUGCUGAUCAGGAUCAACGACAGGCAUUAAAAUUUGGUUUUUCAUCUAAAACUAGCACCUCUAAGAAUGCAUUUGGCAAUGCAGCGAAGAAACCAAAAUUUCCUGUUGCAUCGGUUUUCGGAAAUGACAGUGAUGAUGAAUAGAAAAAGUUAGCUAUGUUAUCUUAUGUAAUGGUUGCUUUAUCCUUGAGAUCGUCACAACAAUGAUGGCUGAAUCUGAAAUUUUCAGUAUUUUGUGUUGUCUAUUAAACUAUGAAAUAAUGUUAUGUUCUAUUUGUGUAACAAAAGAUAAAUUAAAACUGGCAAUAUUUGAAAG